AUGCAACGCCACGCCUUCAGUUCGGUGUGCAGCCGGACAAGGCCAGAGCUCGAGCAGUUCUCAGACGCCUUCCGAAACUACGCCCGCCAAUUCUCGACUACACAGAUCCAGGCCGCCGAUGGUCCCAGCACACCAAGACCGGCCACUCGCGGCGGGAGCCGUUUUUCUGGUCAGGCUGGCGGUCCCAAGGUCGUCGAUAUAAAGAAUAUGCCCAUGCGCGGCCGGGGAGGUUUCAGAGGGCGUGGUGGUGGCGAGCUCCGUGGACGAGGUGGUCUUCGUGGACGGGGUGGACUUACCGGACGAGGUGGAUUUACUGACAGAGGAGGAUUUAAUGGACGAGGUGGUUUCACAGGCAGGGGAGGCUUUUCAGGCCCGAAUCGCUCAUCAUCGCCAAACGGUGCACCUACGAGAGGCCGAGGUCGUGGCGGAUUCAGUGACAGAGGCCGCGGUGGUCGUGGGGGUCGAGGACGUGGUGGCCGAGGAGGAAAAACCGAACGACGAAGAGAUGACGACGACAAGGACAGGAAGAAUAACCAGAACGAGUUCAACAACCUGGAUCCCGAUGAGCAGUCAUUCGAGGACAGCGUUCGAUUCGGCAUGACAUCCAAAUGGGCGCCCUCUCUGACAAUCGAGUCUGUCAACGAAUUCGCACCCGUCGCACCAAACACUACCUCUGGAAAAUCAGCUGCUGUUCUCCAGAACCUCAGCGUUCUUGGCACAGCUGACCAUGUUGGCGCACCGGAAGCUUUCCAACCUCGCUACUACGCCUCUGAGAUCGAGGCAGGCGGCAUCCGCUUCUUUGCCGAUGCCAACGCCAAGCAGGCCGCUGAGAAGCACCUCCAGGAUAAGCUUCAGGCCGAGGGCAAGGAGUCCAAGGGCCCUAUCAUCACCGAUGCUGAGGAGUCUGUCCGCCAGGUUAUCACACAGCGAGCUGUCCAGGGCCAGCACGAGACACCCAAGUUUGCUUCAGACCCCGUGGGCGUGUCCCGCUCAUGGCAUCUCCGGGCUGAGACGUACAAUAUCAACGACGUCAACUCGUUCGAGACAAAGUUGACGUCGCUCUUGUCCAAGGGCGCUGGUGGAAAGGGUGGAAAGGCGCGCGCUUAG